AUGAUAUCUCCUGGUUGUAUGAGGAAGUAUCCUCGAGCCAACGAAGCAUGCGUCUUCAAAAUUCCCAAAUCACUCAGCUUUGAAGAUGCUGCUUCGUUCACACUUCCUGGCUUGACUGCCUGCCACUCGAUUCUCAAUGUUGCUCGCUUGCGAGAGAAUGACAAGGUCUUGAUUCACUCGGCUGCGUGCAGUGCAGGUCAGAUUGCAGUCAGCCUGGCCCAGGCCCUGGGUGCUCAAGUCUUUGCUACUGUAUCAACAGCGGCUGAGGAGCAACUACUGGUUGACAACUUGGGCCUCGCAGCACGAAAUAUCAUCGAAAGCAACUCCCCAUCCCUUACUCAAGAGGCGAUGAAAGUCACUGAGCGCGAAGGCGUUGAUGUAUUGCUAGACUUUUCCCGGAGCACACCACACACACCCCUAUCUUGCAUGGCAGAUGGUGGACGUAUUUUCAGUCUUGGUGUUCGCGACAAGUCAGAGGCCUCUACGAUGGCUGCGGAGAUCAUGUCAAGAAAUCUGACCCUCUCGUCCAUUGAUAUCCUGCGUCUUAAGCCCAAAGUCUUGAGCCAACUCGCAGAAACAAUGAUUCAGCUCUUAGCUGAGGAUCAGAUCCAACCGCCCCAAUCAUUGCCAGCUUUCAAGGUAUCCGGUAUCAAAGAAGGUUUCAAGAAACUACAAGAGGAAGAUACCGUCGAUCGUGUGGUGAUAACAGCAGAACGAGGGGAUGUAGUUGCACAAUUUUUUCAGGGCCGCCGCCCAUGGACAUUCGAUGGUAAUUCCACCUACUUAGUAGCUGGUGGAUCUGGAGGCCUUGGUCGAGCCAUCAUUAGAUGGAUGGCUGAAAGAGGAGCUCAACACCUGAUUGUCCCCUCUCGAUCUGGUGCAACUUCGCAAGCAGCUGUACAGUUGGUAGAAGAGCUGACAUCUCGCGGCGUCAAUAUUAUCGCGCCCAGAUGUGACGUAUCCAUCCGAGAAGAUGCGGAAGUCAUGCUAGAAGAAUGUUCUCGGACCAUGCCCCCCAUCAAGGGCUGCAUUAACGCCGCUAUGGUUCUUCAAGAUGCAAUCUUCCAGAGUAGCAUGACAUUCCAGCAGUGGGAACUCACAAUGCGGUCCAAGGUAAACACCUCAAAGAACUUGCACGAGCUUCUUCCCAACGACCUCGACUUCUUCAUUCUCCUCUCUUCUCUGGCUGGUGUUGUUGGUCAGAUGGCCAGCGCAAACUAUGCCGGUGGUUGUGCAUAUCAAGAUGCCCUGGCCAAAUAUCGGAGAGUGCAAGGACAAAAUGCACUGUCUCUUGAUAUCGGAUGGAUGAGCAAUAUUGGCAUCAUUGCUGAGAAGGUGGCUUAUCAGCGUCAGAGGCAGACGUCGAAUGAUAUGCAACCCAUCGAUGACAAGGAGUUACUUGCUUUGCUGACUAUAUGUUGCGAUCCGAACAAUUCGAUCGAGUUACCGUCCUUGUCUGAGGGACAAGUCCUCUUUGGUCUCCGAACACCUGCGGAUAUCCUCAGCGAAGGCCAGCAACCUCCAGCUCUGCUAGGACGACCUCUCCUCAGUACAUUCUCAUUCUUAGCGGGCAGCAACAAUACUCCAGCUCAAAUAGUUGACCACGCUGAGAACGCGAGAGAUGUCUUUCAAAAGUCUUCAGAUGCUGGAGAGCGGAAACAAGUGGUCAUACGGGCCAUAGCUGCCAAGCUCGCGCGAGCCAUGUCCAUCUCGCCUGAUGACGUUGAGCGAAGCAAGCCGCUGUCUUCGUACGGAGUUGACUCGCUGAUGGCCGUUGAGUUGAGGAAUUGGAUUAAUAAUGAGUUUAGCUCUACGGUGGCCGUGUUCGAUAUCAUUGGCAGCGUGUCUAUUGUUGGAGUUGCAGAGGUCGUUGAGACGCGAAGCUCGAUCUAA